UGGCUCAAGGUAAUCGGCGGCUCAAGCUUUCUCAGUUCGGAGCGUGCUGUUCGCGAAAGGGAGGUCGUGCUGGGAUGGAAGCCUUGGUUUCGCUUUGCAGGUAUGAGGCUGCCGCGCCAGGCUGGCGCUUUGAAAUGGAAGUGCUCGUCGUGUUUAUCUUCUCGACAACCUUCCUGUGGAACUUCGUGACCCCCUGCUGCUUUGAACUUGACUAGAUGAAGGUCGCCAUGGACGCAUGGACGACGUUCCCUGGCGUUGGAUCCAAGAGGUGUGGACAUGGAUCUACAUCAUCCCUCAGGACAUUUGGUUUUGUAUCUUGCUCUGGGUUGUGGUCCAGCACGGUAAGCUGAAGCUCGGAAAGGACGUCGAUGGACCAGAGUUCAGCACUGCCACUCGGUUCUCGAUGUUGUUCUGCUGCGGCGUCGCCACAGGCCUGUUCUACUACGCAGUUGCGGAGCCGAUUUCAAGGGUUGGGUCAGCCCGAGGUUUCUGUCCGCGCUCCCAGGGCUGCGGCAGCGUGGACGAAGACGCGACGCACGCACCGUUGGUGAGCGUCUUCCAAUAGGGCGUGCAUGGCUGGAUCCCCCACGUUGAAAUGGAAGCCACGCUUGGCAUCAUGACAUACCGGCGUGGGUACCCGAUGACCGUCCCAUUCUGCGCUCUAUCCUCUUAUCGGCGUAACGUUUGCGGCUGGAUGGGAAACGCCGUGGAUGCCGUCUCAAUCGUCAUUUCUAUCGCAGGCAUCUGCACGUCCGUCGGCCUAGGCGACAUGUCGAUCAACGCCAGCCUGCAGCGCCUCAGCUGGGGGAAGCACCACGGCGAGAACUUUGCAAUUCCGAACGAUGCCAAGUAUGCCGAUUCUGGAUAUGGUGGCCAAGAAUGUUCCUAUGAUGAUGGGCAGGAAUCUUACGGCAUUCAGUGAUACAGGGCAAUCGUGAUCUUUAGCCAUUCUGAUCAUGACCUGCUUGUCGACCAUGUCGGUGGUGAUGGGCCUUGGCUCUGGCAUCGAGUUCCUUUCACAGUGCGCCUUCGCAAUGGGGAGCUUCUUGAUGCUUGCCGUGGCGUUUAACACCGAUACCUGCCUCAUUCUGGACAAUCGUGAAUCGUGAAUCUUUUGGAUUCCUUUGCACUUGGGAAUCAUGAAUCAAUCGUGAAUCUUUUGGAUUCCUUUUGAAUCGUGAAU